AUGGCUCUUCCCACCUUCAAGAUCCGUGACCUCCACGCACCAGCACAGCACGGCGUCAUCGACAUCACUGUCCCUCAGUACGACGACACCAUCACCACACAUCCGAGCAGUGUCCUCACGUAUAUCGAUCAUGAUGACGGCGAGACAGUCACAGUUGGGUCCGGCUUCGAGCUGAGUGAGCGCCUAGUUGAGCCAGCCCAAUAUUCGUUCAUUCCACGACGACGGUCUGGCUCUGCUGCCUCUCGGUUGAGCUCAGAUGAGAAAGUCCAUAUUUUCGACAUUCAGCGUACAUCAGAAAACCUCAAGAUCUGGCGUGACUAUGCUGCACUGCCGAAUACGCCUUCGCCACUAGCCUUAGCACCAGUCGACAAGCCGACACCUGUACCUGAAGCGUCUUCGGUCACACAGAGAGCGGGUGCUCCCACCGCGCACGAGGCACGCUCGCCGACCGCCAAUGAUGUUCUCAGGACCGCUUGCCGCGGACUGGAGACACACAUCGACGCCUUUGCUGGCUUUCUAGACUUGACCGCUGCUGCACUACAAGCAGCUGCACAGAAGACUAGGGAAGCCGACACCACACCCAUUGAGAACCUCCUCACUGGCUUGAAGAAUGUCCUUGUCGAAGUCGGUCAGGUUGGAAUGGAAGUUCUCCGGGAGUUCGAGCCAAAAAGUCCGCAGCAAUCGCAGACCUCGCCACAAGAACAAACAUCUGGCACACAAGCAACAAGUUCUGCGCAGACCGCGCCAAAGGAGCAGCUAAGAAGUUCACCAAAGCAAGUCAGCAUCGAUUCACACAAAAAGGUGGAAUUUGCUGUACCUAGCUAUAACGGAAAUAGUCGUGUGCAGGCAAAGGCAGCCGAACGAUUCGAUUCCUUCGAACGGGUCCAUUCACACAUCCUCAAGACAGUGGAAUCUACUAUGCCAGUCUGGGCAACAACUUUCAAGCGCCCAAGCCCUCCCAUUUUUGGCUCUGGUCCUGCUAUCGAGAACGCAUUUCGAGACCAGCCAGCUCGUACACCUUACCGCAGCUUUCCAAACCGACCAGCGCUACCGCCACCUGCACCGGCUCCAACGAAGACAAGCAGAGCUCAAGGCGAGAGUCUUCUUAUGGAUGAAGAUGCGUCGAAUGUAGAUUUUGCUCAGCGAUACCCGCCACUUAUCUCCCUGAAGCGAGCGAGAACUAUCGCCACUCUUCACAAGGAGUCAGCAAAAGACGAUCCGGCGAACCCGACCGGCUCUACGAAAUCUGCUCUUACGCGGUAUCCUAGUAUUGGGCAGCUCGAAUCCCGUCGCGAGUCUGCGGCAUUUCCGUGGCGGCGUGGUUCCGGUCCAAAGUCGCAGCAAGCAAACGUGUCGGACGGCUACAAAGAUCGAUCUCUUCGAGGAUACCGCAAAGCAGCUGUCGAGGACGACCCUCAGGAUGCGGAGUCAGCUUCAGCAGGCGCAGUAAAAGGCGACUCCAACAUGACACAGACGUCCAGCGACACUCCCGAUGGCAGCUUGCCUGGCGCAUGGCCCUCGACUGCCACAGCCGUCCUUGUUCACUUUCCAGAUGAGUCCUUGAGAUUGAAGAGGUUCUUUACGCAGAAAGACAUGAGCGCGCGACCAGUCUCACCAGCGUUGUCGUGCCGGAUUACAAGUCCACCAGCAGAGUCUUUUGAUCAACCUACAAAUACACUUCGCAGAGCACAGACUGUGACAGCCUCGAAUCCGGCUGCGAGAUUGAAUGGACCGUUCGAUCCCAUGAAUGUCGCACCAAGCUACCAGGGUCAAGUGGACACACUGCGCACCAACGGUAUGCCAAGGAGGAGUCUGACUCAGUGGCUGCCUCGCUUGGAGACGGACGUGACAGACAGCCAAAGUGCACGUUGGGCCAAUCGACGGCAGCGCCAUGCAGCUUAUCAGCGUGUGGCGAUGCCUGGCUCAUUUCCUUCAGGUCCAGUUUCACAGAACCAGUCCCAGCUAUCACAUUCUCUAAGAAGCGGGCCCGAUCCCGUUCAUCAGAAAGACACGGAUAUCAACAACUGCGUGAGGACAUUGAAGAACAUGGGCUACGCGAGCAAUAGCAACGAGGAAAGCCGACUUGCCGUUUACGCAGCAGCUGCAUCAGGCGAUGUGCUCGAGGCAAUCGACAUCAUCGAGGAGGAGCGGCGUGCAGCCAAGGAUAUCAUGUCUCUGUGA